UUUGCGUUGCAACAGAUUGUUUGCGGUGCGUUGUUGUUUUUUCUUUAAUUGCACGAAUAAGAGAAUCUUUGUGACCAGCGAUGUUUGUGAUGAAGUGACGAUUCCCGAUGUGAAAUUCCGAUGAAAAUCAUGUACGAACAGUGGUGGAAUUUAUUGUUUUGGUUUGAUUUUUGCUGAGGGAUUUUUCUGGUUUAGUUUUUACUUUAGUUCUUGUGAUGUAUCAGUGAUUGGAAUUAUGGAAUUUUGGGAUAUGGAUGAUCGCAGAGAAACUAGACAUCGAAAUGGGCAUGGUCGCGGGUCAGAUUUCGUCAGCGGUAUCGACAACGAAGCCCUCGAUUUCUCUCAAUUGGAAGACUUCAUCAACAGCGAGGGUUCACAAAGCAACAACACAUAUUUUAACGAAUCUCUCAACUCUACACCAACAUCAGGCAAACUUCUUAAUGUCAUUGUCGAAAAUAAAAGAAACACAACUGGGCAUUCGCUCCCAGAAAGCCCGCCAGACAGCAGCUCCGAGCAUCCCUACAGUCCGCAAGAAGGAUGCGAGGGAAGCAUCAACCCUUCCGACAACAUUUACACAACCCUUGGACAAAGUAUAUACAAACCCACCUCGAUCAUUAAUCCCAUGUUGGGUGAUAAUUUGAUUUUGGGUUCUCAUAUUGUGGUGGCGGAACAGAAUGGGGAGCCGUUGAUAGAGAACGGAAAUAUUUUGCAGGAUGGAAGGAUAAUCGUGAAUCAGAAUGAUGCCCUUUUGCCGGAAAGAAUAAUAAUGCCGGAGGACAACAGACAGAUUUUGUUGGGCAAUGGGGAUUCGAAUCAAAAUUUUACGGAACGGGGGAUUUAUAAAGAGAACGAGUUUGAAAAGAACCAUUUGGUACAUUUGGGGUAUAAUUCUACCAUAGAGAACAAUAUUUGCGAACCCAAUUUGGAAAAUAUACAGACGGUUUAUACGAAUUUACAGAGUGCGCCGAAGAAGAGAAAGUUGUCACAGGAUUCACCGCUUGUCAAAAGUGAGCCAGAACAUUGUUCAACGAGUCAACUCAGCCCACCUGGCCCAUUGUCUACGCCUAUGGAUGAAGAAUACGCUUCCUCCGAAGCUUGCCUUUCAGAAUCACAAUACCAGUGUAUUAGAUUUAAUCCAUUUCAGCAAUCUCAAUGGCAUUCCCUCUGUGAUCAAAAUUUGACAGAACUGCCAAUUCCACACUAUAGGGUCGACGCCGACAAGGGUUUUAAUUUUUCUAACGCGGAUGAUGCCUUUGUUUGCCAGAAGAAAAACCACUUUCAAAUUACUUGCCACGUCCAACUCCUGGGAGAUGCCCAAUUCGUAAAAACUCCCGAUGGAUUCCAGAAGAUCUCAAGCUUCCACAUUCACUUUUACGGUGUAAAACACGAUUGUCCUACACAAACCAUAAGGGUGGAACAGAGUCAGAGCGACAGAAGCAAAAAACCGUUCCAUCCAGUCUUGGUCGAAUUGGUGAAUUCGCAAGUAACGAAAAUAACAGUCGGAAGAUUACAUUUUAGUGAAACCACUUCGAAUAACAUGAGAAAAAAGGGAAAACCGAAUCCCGAACAAAGAUACUUUCAGCUAGUGGUAGGCCUUCACGCACACACGACUAAUGGAAAUUUCCCUGUCAUUAGCCACGCAAGUCAGAAAAUUAUCGUGAGAGCUUCGAAUCCGGGACAGUUCGAAAGUGACGUAGAGUUAUGUUGGCAAAAAGGACAAACCCAAGAGGACUCAAUUUUUCACAAUGGGAAAGUGGGAAUUAACACGGACCGACCUGACGAAUCGUUGGUGGUUCAUGGAAACAUUAAAGUAACGGGACAUAUAAUUCAACCAAGUGACAUUCGAGCCAAGAAAAACAUAGUGGAGUGUGAUACUGCUGAGCAGUUACGAAAUGUGCAAAAGUUGCGAGUUGUUAGAUACGAUUAUGAACCGUCCUUUGCAUCACAAUUAUCUCGUGAGGCUCGUUCAGAUACUGGUGUCAUAGCCCAAGAAGUUGCCAAGAUUCUUCCAGAGGCAGUGAGGCCUGCCGGUGAUCUCAUUCUCAAAAAUGGUACAUCCAUAGAUAAUUUUUUGGUGGUGAACAAAGAACGGAUUUUUAUGGAGAAUAUUGGUGCCGUGAAAGAAUUGUGCAAAGUGACAGAUAAUCUUGAGACGCGGAUAGACCAGUUAGAGAGGAUAAAUAGACGGUUAAAUAAACUGAAGAGGGGGGAUAGCCUUAAGUCUAACAGUACAGUAAGCAGCUUAAAACAUUCAUAUUCACAGAAGUGCUCAAAACAUCACUGUAACAGAGAUGAAGAAUUGUGCUCUAACAAAUUUAUACAAAUUAUUAUAGUAGUUUUGGUCCUCAUUAUGGCCUUCUGUUUGGCCGCAAUAACAACUCUGUACCUAAUGGAAGCAUCCCGCCACAACCAAUUUGCCCACACAAACCUCCAAGCAACCCACCGUUCGGUUGUGACCAAGCGACAAAUGAAAUCUCCAAAAAACCAUCAGUCGUGGCAUACCGUGACCGAUCACCACAAAGCCAACACCUUUCUUGAUGACGUCACGAAAAUCACCAUCGAUUCAAGUUUGACAAAACGACCAACUGACAGCAUCGGUCGACCACCGGAAUGCCUGUCCGUCGACCAAGACCUGGAAAGCAGCCAGCUGUGUCAAAUCUACUGCUGUGCAGCGUCGCCGCCCGUGAUUCCUCCGCCCGAGUCACCGAAUUCGCUCUAUGGAGACAAAAAUCUAAACGCGAACAAUAACAAAACAACGGGACAGGCGAUUCUGAACAUGGAGAAGAACAGAAUCGCGACGCCGUUUCACUCGACCACGAAUGAAAUUGAUAAAAGGCAAAAACGGGAUACUUACGACCUGGCGAGUGAAAUUAGCUCGUUUGACGCAACAGGGUUGUUUUUAGAUGAUCAAGUGUUUUUGAUUAUGGUCCAAGGUCGAAAUUUUAACACGACCUUGACCCGAAAAUACCUGUCUCCACAGUCGGAUACUCAUAAUUAUUCGUAUACUGUUCCUAUUUCAAAAUACAUGCCAGAUGAAUUUAUCAAUCUCAUAUUCAGGUCCACUCAGGAUACUAUUAAGGAAGUCGAAUACUGCAAUAAUUAUCUCGAGGAGGGUUGUUCGUUCAACUACGACGAGAAGCUGCAGAUUCGUCAUAAAGUAAAUGAACAAAGUCCCAGUCAGCUCACCAGCACACAAAGUGUGGUUUUUGAGGUGAAUAUGGCUGACUUUAGGUCCAAAACGAUGACGUAUAGGGCAUUAAUUAAGUCAAGUCAGAAUAUAUGCAAACUGACCAAUUUGGAAGAGUUCAUCGAAUACAAUUUUCACUUUGAACGACAAUGUGAUGAAUAACGAAACAAUACGUACUAAUUUCUUUAAUUUUAAAUAUUUAGAAGAUGAACAAAAUCCACAUGACAUAAAAUUGUUAUUUAUUUUAUCUUUUUUUUUAUAUUUUAUUUUUUUAAUUAUUUUAUUAAAAAGUGUUCGAUGUUAACUACAGCGCCACCUAGUUGUAGAAGUACCUGUAUUUAAAAAUUUUGGACACUUUUCUAGAAUAAUUUAGACAAAAAUAAAGAAAGCACUAAAACAUUGUAGUCGUAAAUUCUGUAGGCUUUAUAAGUUUAGUCCACUCGACUAUAAAGAACUCAUACCUUGUACUUAAGAAUUUGUCCGUCCAGUAACAAGUGUAAAAUGUGUAGAUUUUAGAAUUUUAUUGUAAGAUAUUCUCUCUUUUAUCUUUUUUAAUUUCAGAAACAAACAUAAGCGAAUACUUUUAUUGUUUUUAUUAUUUAGUUAUGAGGAAUAUGAACAAAUAGUUGU